AUGAGCGCAUCCGUAAGCGCGCGCGUGCCACUCUCACCACUCAUCCUGUGCGGGCCAUCCGGGAGCGGGAAGUCAACGCUCCUGGGGCGUCUAUUCGACGAGUACCCUAACGACUUUGGUUUCUCGAUUAGCCACACGACACGCCAGCCGCGCGACGGCGAGACACUCGGCCAGAGCUACCACUUUGUCAACAAGGAUGUCUUCCAGAAGCUGAUUCACUCGGGUUCGUUUAUCGAGCACGCCGUCUUCUCCAACAACUUCUACGGUACUUCCGCCAAAGCGGUCGCAGAGGUCGGCAAGCAGCAGCGGAGAUGUAUUCUGGACAUAGACGCGCAAGGCGUGAGGUCUAUCAAGGCACUCCAUCGUGACCUCCAGCCCACCUUUGUCUUUGUAUCGCCUCCCAGUCUCGAUAUACUCGCAGGCAGGCUAGCUAAGAGGGGGUCGGAGAGUGAGGAUAGUCUGAAAAGUAGACUGGAUGCUGCCAAAAGUGAACUCGAUUACGCCGCUACUGGCGCAUUUGACCAUGUUAUCGUCAACGACUCACUGGACACGGCCUAUGACAAGCUGAGAGGUGUAGCGUUGGGUGUGGGCGCUGCUCAUGACACACUACCUUGUUUUUAG